AAACAAAAGGGCGAUGCAUACAUCACUGUUCUCCCCCACUUCUCUGGCUCUGUCAUUGUUUUUCCUCCUCUCCACCUCCACCAACUCCUCCUCCUCCUCCUCCUCCUCUUCUUCUUCUUUCUGUAAGGAAAAGGAAAAGCUGCUGUGAGUGUGGAGGCUGCUGCAGCUGAGACCUCUGAGCACAGUUUAAAUUUUGAUCCGCCACGAUCCUCCAAUAAUGACCGGUCAUUACCGUCAAGCUGCUCCCCGGGCUGCACCGGGGACUUCACCCACACCAGACCACCUGCCAAACACUACAACCACCUCAGGCCAAGAACAAGCUGGAAGCCACAAUCCAAACAAGUUCAUGAGUGAACUCCGCAGCAUCCGCAUGCCAUCAUGGGCUGUUGCCGCCCUUUGUAUCGUGAUGCUGUGCUUGAUGCUGUCCUGUGCCAUGUGUGUGUGGAAGAAGUGCCUGAAAAAGAAGGACAAGGACAAAGAAAAGGACAAGAAGGGAAAGGACAAGAGCAAAGGAGACUCUGACACUGAAAUGGAUGGAGGUUACAACAAGCCUCUGCAAAAUGAAGUUAACAAGGAAACAGAAAUGUCAGACAAUGAGCCAAAGGAAGACGAGAAACUGGGUCGACUACAUUUCUCGUGUGACUACAACUUCACGGAGAACACGCUGGUUGUGGGCAUCUUACAGGCCACUGAGCUUCCUGCCAUGGAUGUGGGAGGCAGCUCUGAUCCUUAUGUUAAACUAUAUCUGCUUCCGGAUAAAAAGAAAAAGUUUGAAACCAAAGUUCACAGAAAGACCCUUGAACCCACCUUCAAUGAGACUUUCACAUUUAAGGUACCAUACACUGAGCUGGGUGGGAAGACGCUGGUGAUGACAGUGUACGACUUUGACCGCUUCUCAAAGCAUGAUGCUAUAGGAGCUGUGAAAAUACCAAUGAGCAGCGUGGACUUCAGCCAGUCUCUGCAGGAGUGGAGAGACCUGCAGAAGGCAGAGAAGGAGGAGAGCGAGCGGCUUGGAGACAUAUGUUUGUCCUUGAGGUUCGUACCGACUGCAGGGAAGCUGACUGUGGUGGUUCUCGAGGCCAAAAACCUGAAGAAAAUGGAUGUGGGUGGAUUAUCAGACCCUUAUGUGAAGAUCCACUUAAUGCAGAACGGCAAACGACUCAAGAAAAAGAAAACAACGACAAAGAAGAACACUUUGAACCCUUACUACAAUGAGUCUUUCAGCUUUGAAGUGCCAUGUGAACAGAUAGAGAAGGUGCAGGUGGUGGUGACAGUGUUGGACUAUGAUAAAAUUGGAAAGAACGACGCCAUCGGGAAAAUGCUGCUGGGCUAUAACAGCACCGGGACUGAAGAGCGCCACUGGUCAGACAUGCUGGCCAAUCCCCGGAGACCCAUCGCUCAGUGGCACAGUCUCAAGCCAGAUGACGAAGUCAAUGCACUCAUUUCCACCAAGAAAUGAAAGCGUCGCUUCAAAAGGC